UGGUGGAGGUGGUGGUAGUAGUGGUGGAGGUGGUAGUUGUGGUAGUUGGUGGUUGUUGUGGUUGUUGUUGGUUGGAGCCGUGGGCACCAGGGAGGAUCGGUGACCCGAAACGUCGUCUCGGGCGCCACUGACGAGUGCCGGGGAAUCUCCAGCAACGUCGAGCAUCAUCAGCAUCAUCAUCAGCAGCAUCAUCAGCAGCAUCAUCAUCAUCAGCAGCGAUGACGCUGGGUCUGGGUGAGGAGGAUUCGCUACCCGACAGGGUUGGAGCCUCGGAAUUCUACCAAAAGUACAACCCCAAGGAAAUCCUGGGCAGGGGCGUGAGCAGCGUGGUGAGGCGCUGUGUGAGCAAGGCGACCGGCGGGGAGUUUGCGGUGAAGAUCAUCGACCUGGCGGCCGAGCUGCUGGACGCUGAGCAGGUGGAGGAGAUCCGCAGCUCCACCCACACCGAGGUGGACAUCCUGAGAUGCGUGGCCGGACACCCUCACAUCAUUCAGCUCAUCGACUGCUUCGAGUCGUCCACAGUCAUCUUCCUCGUCUUUGACCUGAUGGUGAAGGGAGAGCUGUUUGACUACCUUACUGAGAAGGUGUCACUGAGUGAGAAAGAGACGCGCCGCACGAUGCGCGCGGUGCUGGAGGUGGUCCACUACCUGCAUGAUGAGGUGGGAGUCGUCCACCGUGACCUGAAACCCGAGAACAUCCUCCUGGACUCCCGCGGAGACAUCAAGCUGUCAGACUUUGGCUUCGCUUGCCGCUUGCCCGCACCAGGGCAGCCUCAGCUACGUGAGCUGUACGGGACUCCGGGAUACUUGGCGCCUGAGAUGUUACAGUGUUCAAUGGAUCCCACUCACCCUGGAUACGGGAAGGAGGUUGACAUGUGGGCGUGUUGGCGUCAUCACGUUCACACUGCUGGCUGGCUCCCCACCCUUCUGGCAUCGCAAGCAGCUGCUGAUGCUGGCGACUCAUCAUGGAGGGGCGCUACCAGCUCAACUCGCCAGCCUGGGACGACAAAUCCUCCUGCGUCAAAGACCUGAUAUGCAGGUUGCUGUGUGUAGACCCACUGCAGCGACUCACCGCAGCACAAGCGUUGGCUCACCCCUUCUUCCAGAGCUACACGCGGGAGCUCAAGCAAGGGCUCUCCCCGCUAACGCAGGUUCAGGG